AUGGAUAUCAACAAAAGUGAUAUGAGGCUUGGAAGUGGUUUUAACGAUACUACAGAUAGUACGGAUACUUUGUUUCAAAUUGAAAUCCUGAUUCCGGUAACGAUAAUUUGCAUCACCCUCUUUUUCUUGGGCGUCACAGGAAACGUCAUAACAAUAUUGGUUUUCAAACGAUAUAAGGACAUGAGAUCCACAGUAAAUAUGUAUCUUUCCAGCAUGGCUAUCUCGGAUAUUCUUAUCUUUCUUGGCAUGCCUUCUGACUUGUACAGAAUUUGGAAAUAUAAGCCAUAUAUUUUUGGGGACUUUACUUGCAAGUUUCUGGUGUACCUGAGUGAGACGUGUACUUAUUGCACAAUCCUUCACAUUACUGCUGUAAGUGUGGAGCGAUACCUUGCUAUAUGCUUUCCCCUGAAAUCAAAGAUAAUCAUUACAAAGAAGAGGGUGAAAAUUGUAAUUGUUGUUCUGUGGAUUUUUUCUAUAAUUACAGCUGGACCAAUAAUGUUCUUGUUUGGGGUGGAUCACCCUGCUGAAUCCGAACCAGAGGAAUCCAUGGAAUGCAAAUAUAUGGAGCAGUCAGCCCAAAGUGGGCUUUUCCAUUUAAUGAUAUGGGUUUCUACCAUAUAUUUCUUCGUACCCAUAUUUUUUUUGACUGUGCUCUAUGGACUUAUCUGUAGGAAGCUAUGGAACAGCAAGCAUGGCAUCAGGGCUGGCAAUAGAGGAAAAGACCACAAGCAAACUGUUAAAAUGUUAGCUGUUGUGGUUGUGUCCUUCGUGUUGUGCUGGUUACCUUUUCACAUUGGCCGCAUCCUGUUUGCCUUGUUUGGAAUAAAACACCUAUUUUAUGAACUGACACAGUAUUUCAGUUUAGUCUCUAUGAUUCUCUUUUACCUGAGCGCAUCUAUCAAUCCCAUGCUCUACAACAUCAUGUCACAGAAAUACAGAGCGGCAAUGAACAAGAUCCUGAAAAGAAGACAAUCUCUGCAAUCCAGGAAUAUGACAAGAAGCGAGCCACCCUCUAUGGAAGGGACAGAGCUCACCUCUAUUAAUUAA